AGGCUACGCAGUUGCAACCAAUAAUAACAGGCACUACACUGUGCACGGAAACACGCAGCACUGAUAAUACUACUCUACAUGGAGGAUCGAGAUUGGGCUGCUUCCUGCAGCUUAGACGUGACUGACUCUUCACAUCUUUACAUGGUGAACUGAACCCCUGUUCUCACCAGACAUGGAUAAAGGGUGGUUUAUUGGACUUGAAAGGAUUCCUCCAGCACAGUCUCAACAGAGGAGGUCGUGUGUUACUAUUAACUUGACUGAAAUGCUCCGGGCUGACAAGCCUAAUGCGCAGAAGAAGCCAGUUCCAAUCCGCCCCCCGAGCCCCAGAGUUUCGUUCCCAAAACAACAGUUUCACCGCAGUCUCUCCUGUGAACCUACACCUAAACCCAUCAUCCGUCAGCGGUCGCACUCGCUGCCUUCUGCCACUGACAAGAAGAAGCAGUGCAGAAGUGUUGGUGUACGGUUUGUUGACUCUUUGGGACUGGACCUGGAAGACGUCAAGAUAUUUAAAUCGGGAGAGGAUCCACUUGUGCCCCAUCAUGUUACCUUUAGACUGUUGAUGAGUGCAGAGAUGGCAGAUGGAAGACAUAUGGAGAUUUCUUUGCCAUACCUGAAGCCAGCAUUUGCCCAGCAACCUGGAGACCAUCCAGGAUUCCUGCAUCGUCUCCAUGAGCAGAAAGUUUGCCUUGAGAGAGUCCUGUGUUUUGAGCUGGGGGUCAUCGGAAUCACCCAAGUCCUCAAUUUGGACUUUGAGAAAGAUGUGAUGGCUCGUUAUUCAUUUACAGGGUGGAAGAGCUGCGCAGAAGCUAAGGCCUCUUGGGUGUCCAGCAUCACUAAGAACUGUGAGGGCAGAAUGGGCCAAAUCAGCUGCGAUACAUUUCGUUUUCAUCUGCCUGUACCUCCAUUCCUGCAACCCGAAGCAGUGUUAGAGUUUGCCAUUCAGUACAAAGUCUGUGGUGCUGAGUACUGGGACAACAACGAUGGAAAGAAUUACAAGUUAAUUUGCAAGAACUACAAGCUCUCUGUGCCCAAAGAAUGCGAGGAUAGCAUGGUGCACUUCACUUAGUAUGCACACAAAAGGGAGAAGAGUUUGAGCAUUAGAACACUUAAUGAUUACAUGUAGCAAUAUCUAUACAAAAAACACUUGGUAAACACAUCAUCUGCCAAGGCCAUUUGGGGUAAUUUUUGCAAUUUUUAACCAAUCUGCAUAAAAAUUAAAUCUUUGAGCGUGCUACAGCUUGCCAUAAAAUCCUUUGGGAUUUGGCUUUUUUGUGGGGAUUUUUUGUGUAUUGUUAAUGGCAAUAAGAUAAAGAAAUGCACUGAUGGAGCCAUAACCACACGCAGGAAACUGUUCAUGCUCUUAGUAGUGCUGGCAUAGUAGUAGUUUGAAUAAAACACACACACACACACACAAGUGCACUUACACCUGGUGCCAGCUUUACUGCCAGUUGUAUUUUUGUUUGUAAAAAUUGCACUGAAUUGUUAUAUUUUCCUAAUAAAAGUUGCACUUCAGUGUGGGAACAUCCCGUACAAAA